AUGUCGUCGCAUGAGGCGGACGCCGUCCAGGCGGCGGUGCAGCACCGCAAGAAGGCGGCGUCCCGCAACCACAGCAAGAAUGAGUCCGGGGACGGGCCUCACCCCUGCCCCGUCUGCGACCGCCGCAAGGCCAUGCACGGGCACCACCGCAGCCACCCGAAGCACGCUUGGCGCGGCAUGGCACCGCCGGCCGAGCCGCCGGUGGUUGCCGUGACCGCCGAUGGGAGGGAGCUGCGCUACACGUGCGAGCACUGCGGGGCCCAGUUUGAGACCCGCCAGGCGCUCGACGGCCACCGCGCCAGCCACAGCGGCAGGCUCGGCAGCUACUGGCUCUCUAGGCAACACCAGGACGGGCCGGCGCAGCACGUUGUCAUGCCCUUCGAUCUGAACGAACCGCCACCAGACCAGCAGCCACAGCAGCAGCAGGAGGAGGAGGACAAGGAGAAGGAGGAGUAG